CUUAACAACAACAACAACAAUAAGAGGAGGCACCGCGUGUUAACAAGCAAUUUUCAGACUUUCUAUAUAUAAUACGACAAACAUAAGCCAUAAACAAUACUGAGAAUUAGUUUAAAGCACAUGAGGUUUUAUUGUAUCAUAAUAGAGAGAGAGGUGACGUGAGUGACACCAAGAUGAACAUUCGUUGUGCUAAGCCAGAAGACCUCAUGCACAUGCAACACUGCAAUUUGCUUUGUUUGCCAGAGAAUUACCAAAUGAAGUACUACCUUUACCAUGGCCUCUCGUGGCCACAGUUGUCAUAUGUAGCCGAAGAUGAUGAAGGACAGAUUGUUGGCUAUGUACUUGCUAAAAUGGAGGAAGAGAGUGAGGAGGAUCCCCAUGGACAUAUCACAUCAUUAGCUGUUCGGAGGAGCCACAGACGACUAGGACUUGCUCAGAAACUUAUGGACCAGACAGCUAGAGCAAUGGUGGAGUGCUUUAAUGCCAAAUACGUCUCUCUCCAUGUUCGGAAAUCGAACCGAGCUGCUCUGAACCUGUAUACUAAUACACUGAAGUUCACGUAAGGUUUAAAUUUUUCG